AUGGAUACAGUGAAGAUCAGAUGGAUGGGGGUACAGUAUGUUGUCCAGUAGAACAGCAUGUAUAGGGGUCUGGGGUUAGCCUUGUAAACAAACAUCACUAAUCAAGAGGACUGUGUGUCUUCCUUCCUUUCACAGCCCGGUGGUGUCCCCUAGCUCAGGUCCUCACCUCACCCCCCUGACCCUUGGUCUGCUCUCCUGGGGCCCCACUAACCCUCCUGUAGAUCCUAACUCACUGGGAACCCCAGUCCACACUAACCCCUUCAGCCCGGCUCCUCCCCCCAUGUCUCCCUCCAACCCGUUCCUCUCUCUCCUCCAGCGUAACCCUUUCUAUGAGGAGCUCCUAGCUGACCAGGCUCUACAGCGUAACUCUGCCCAGCCCUAUCCCUGGUGUUCUAGCUUUGCCUCCUAUCUCUCAGUAGCACCGCAAACCUGGUCCACCAACCCUAACCCUGUACCCAUCCUGCCCUUAACCCAAGACCGCCCAGACACACAGGACUGCACUAACACUGGUGUGAAGGAGCACGGCCCCUUCCCAAAACCUCCUGAAGAAGAGAAGAGCCCCAACACUAAGGAUGAAGAACCAGCAGCAGCAGUCCAAACUAGCCAGAGACCCCUCCCUCCCCUCCCAAAGACUGAGACUGUGCCCUCUGCUACCUCUCACCUCUGUGAGGAAGACAUGUCCUAUGCUAAGGCUGCGACUGCAUCAUCCCACUCUGCCACUGGCUCAGACAACAUGGCUGCUUUAGACUUGAUGGGGGAGUUCUCUGAUGAUCGAUGCUGGGCGACAUAUAAUGAUGUCAUCCAGUCAGACGCAUUAGAUCGAUCCAGAUCCCAUCUGGGAGACAUGUGUGUUGAUAAAGAGAAGACCAGAUCCUCUGAAGCAAGGAUAGAGGACUGGCCAAUCGGCAUGGCCUUAGAAUCGUAUAACUCACUAGAACUUUCCAAUACGCUUCUACACUCUUUCAGUUCUCAAGCUCACAGUCCACUAAAAACAUGUCAGUCCACUACUGGGGACGUCUAGUGGUGAGAAGGUCAAUGAAGACAUUGAGGAUUACAGAUCAGAGGAUCAAUAUUCAGAACACCCUCUUAUGGAGUCAGUUGUAGUCCAACAUUCUCUCUCAGAAGAACACCCGCUCCAACGGUCCCACUCGGCGGGCACAAGGAGGAACAGCGUUGAGGACCUGACUCCAUCGUUCGACAGCGACCCUGGCGUUGUAACCCUGGGGUCGUUGUCCUUUGUCCAGCAGCAUAAUUCUUCUGACCUCCUCUCCUCCUCCUCCUCCGCUCCUCUCUCUCUAACUGUUGAACCCAGCACCUCCUCCUCUCCAGCUCUCUCCUCUCUCCCUGCCCCGCCCCCUGCUACUGUGAGGUUAUCAGUAAGCACGGUCUCGGCCAAACACCCUUUCUCCACUGCACAGCCAGUGAUUGGUGCAUCGCAAGCUGGCAUGCCCCAGGAGACACAUCCGGCAGCCAAUCAGCAGAUCAGGUGA